AUGGCACCGAAAGCGAGUGGGAAGGCUGUUAAGAAGGCCGGUAAAGCCCAGAAAAACAUUGCUAAGACCGACAAGAAAAAGAAGCGUAAGAGGAAGGAAAGUUACGCAAUCUACAUCUACAAGGUCCUGAAGCAGGUUCAUCCUGAUACUGGAUUCUCAAGCAAGGCAAUGAGCAUCAUGAACAGCUUUGUCAAUGAACUCUUCGAACGUAUUGCUGCUGAAUCUUCCCGCUUGGCUCAUUACAACAAGAGAUCCACAAUCACAUCUCGGGAGAUCCAGACUGCUGUCAGGCUUCUCCUUCCCGGUGAACUCGCCAAGCACGCCGUCUCUGAAGGAACGAAGGCUGUGACCAAGUACACCAGCUCUAAAUAA